GCUUUUGUGGCACACUCGUCUCCGGGAAUGCGCUUGUUUUUCCAGCACAACUGAUAGCAUUGCUACCCGCUCUGCCUUCUGCCGUAUCUCAUGCCUUCCGCCGUAUCUCACUCCCCCGUCGCCCUUUUCUUCCGACGCUCCAGUCUCGCAUUUCCGCCUUUCGUUACACCCGUUCGACUCACACCCGCGCGCCAGUGUUUACCGAGGCUAGGUGAGACGGGCGACCUAGCUUCUGUCAGGAGCGAUCCAGCUUCGGGCACAUGGCCUUGCCGAGCCGAGGCUGCGUCGAGAGGUUCGGGAAGAAAACAGGUUCGGGAGGACCGUCCUUCAGGAAAGAAGAGCGGUUCAAAAAGAAGGGACGCCGAUUCGGCGGCUAUGGACGUCCGGAGGUCAGGUUCGGCAGCGAGGGACGUUCGGAGGCCCGGUUCGGGAAAAAGGGACGUGCGAGAAGAGGUGUUGAAGGGCCUGAUCAGCAUCGAGGGAUGGCGCGUGGUGGUUGCUGCGCCCAGUGCCAGAAACUUGGAUGAUGCCGUGAGGGGCGGGGGAGGGUGGGAGGUAGUGGGCACGGUGGAGGAGGUGCUCGAGGUGGCCGCCGUGGGGGGUGCUGCUGUUGGGGAUGGUGGUCUGGGUGGUGUUGGCGGGGAUGAUCCCUGGGUGGGUUGGGUUGUGGAAGAGGCGGAGGAGGAUGAGGAGGAGGAAGAGGAGGGGGAGGAGGAGGAGGAAGAGGAAGUUGGGGGGUAUGAGAAGGACGGCAAGGAGCAUGGGUGGAAAGGGGUGGUUGGGCAGCAUUGGAAAGGGGGGAUGCAGGAGUAUGCGCGGGAAGGAAUGAAGGCGGUGCAGGGGGAGGGGCUAAGAGGGUAUGUGAUGCGCGUGCUUGCUGCUGCUCCGUCGGUGACCCACAUGCAGCGGCAGGGAGGCAGCUGCGAGAGCAGCAGCCGAGGGGAGGGGGGGGGGAGCAGAGGAGGGGGUGAGAGAGGGAGCACCUAUGGGAGGGGCUCGAGUCUUCUACCCGACCGGCACACUGCCAUGGGGCACGUGCUGAAUGAAGCCAUGCUGACGUGGCAGGACAGCAUGGAAGCAUCCGACUGGGUCCCUUCCCACUCGUCCUCCUCUCCCUCCUCCUCUCCCUCCUCCUCUCCCUCACCCGCCUCCCCCUCUAUCUCCCCCGCUCAUUCCUCCCCCGUGCCCCCAGUGGAGCACCUCAUCCCGCUCGUUGACUCCAUUCUCGUCGCAGCCGACCCCCACCAGUCCUCGCUCACCAUAUCGCCCCCGCCUGGCCUCCUUGACCUGGGCUGGCAGGCCGUCCGCCUGCAGGCGCUCAGGCCGAAGCUGCUGGCAUUCAGUGAAGAGAUGGCGAGGGUGAAGUGGGGGAAGAAGGGGGAGAGGGGGGAGAGGGGGGAUGGGAGCAGGCGAGGAAACCCUUUCCCUAUUCCCCCCAUGCUGCCAACACAAACCAAACCCACCAAAACCACCACCACCACCCCCAUCCUCAAAUCUACACCCGCCCCGCCCACCAUGCCCACUCUCCAACAGCUCAGAACCGCCGGGCGGCACGACCUCAUCGCUGACAUCAGCGCGGCUGGCGGACAGCUGGCGGUAGCGCAGGCGUUAGGGUUUGCCGCCCGGCGCCGGCCGACAGGGUUCUGGGAGGAUGUGGGGAACGUGGACGAGGAGAUAGAGGCGUUUGUGGGGCGGUGCUGGGUGGUGGAGUGCGGUGAGACCAUGAGUAUUCAAAAGGAGGUGGGGGGACAAGUGGACGGGGGGGGUGGAUUUUCUCUGGGGUGGGUACGCCUGCGCAAUUUCUUGUCUGGGGAGGCAGUGCAUUUGGCGCUGAGAGACAAGGAGAUGGUGGGUGAAGCCAUGGCUGCUGCUGCUGCUGCUCGUGCUGGCAUACUCGCACUUGCUGCUGCUCCUGCUGGUUGUGAUGGUGGUGCUGGUGCUGGUGCUGCUGGUGCCGCUGGUGCUGCUGGUGCCGCUGGUACUGGUGCAAAGCCAUUGCCAUCCUUCUCUGACCUCCUGCAGCGAGCCACUCGUUGGCCCUCCGAUGCUGCUGCUGAGGCUAUCACUAGCAGCAGUGGCAGCAAUGAGUUUGAACCAGAUAAUCUCCAUAGCGGCACAGGCACUAGUGUGUAUGAAACAGACACUAGCGGCAGUGGCACAAGUGUGUACAAUGACGGGCAAGGGCUCGUGGUGGCGAGCGCAGCAGCCACUGCAGUGAUGCCACGUGUCAGGGAUGUGCUGGCAGCGAAGCGGUACGAUCUGCAUCAUGCCAUUGUGUUACACGGCGGUUACCGCAUGGUGGCGCGGGAGCUGGGAAGGGAGAGUGGGUGCUGGGGCGGGCUGGAGAGUGUGGAGGUGCGAUGGCAGGGGAUGGGCACUCACACUCACACUCACACUCACUCAGGGGGGAGAAGUGAAAUCAGCAGCAGAGGAAGUAGUAGCAGUAGCAGCAUCACCAUCAGCAGCGGAUCUGGCAACAGCAGCAGUGGCAGCAGCAGAAGCAUGAGGCGAAUGGGGCGAGGGGCACGGCAGCAGCAGCUGGAGGAGGCAGCUGGGAAGGUGCGUGCGUUCAUGCAGCAGCACGGGCUCUCCACCUUCCCCACCUCCACGCUCAUGCUCACUCUAGGCGCGCCCCAAGCGACCACGGCUUUUGAGGAGUCUGCUUCUGAGGCGCCUCUGCAGCACCACGGGCUCUCCACCUCCCCCACCUCCACGCUCAUGCUGGCAGCAGGUGCGCCGCAGCACGACGAUGGGCACAGCUUGGGAAAGGGGAAGAGCGUGCGGGAUGGCGGUGUGGGGACAGAGGGAGGGAAUGAGAGUGUGAAAGGGUCGCUUGAGAGAGGAGUGGAGGGUGGGAGAGGACAGGAGUGGCGUUGGGAGGGGCGGUGGGAGGGGCGGGAGCUGGUUGAGGCGGUGAGGAGGAGUGGGGGCCCGGGGGUGGUUGCGGAUUACCUGGGAGUGCGGCUGAGCAAGAGAGGCCGCGGGCACUGGGCGGACGUGCAUGUGGCUGCUGCUGCCGUGCGCUCCUUCCUCGUGCACCACUGGGGGCUCAUGGAGGCGCUGCAGCAGCAGCGGCGGCAGCAGCAGCAGCAGCAUGGGUGGGACGAGGAGGAGGAGAGGGAGGUGUGGGAGGAGGCGGUGAGGGGAGGGGAGGUGGAGAGGCAAGGGCGCGUGCUCCCCACUGACGUGCAGCUGGUGGAUGCCGGGCGGCUUGACAUCCGGUACAUUCUGAGGAAGUUUGGACGCGAGGAGAUCGCGAGGGCUCUGGGUGCUCCGUGCCUCGUGAGGCAUGAGGAGAGGGAGGGUGGGAGGGAGAAGGAGAGGGAGAAGGAGAGGGAGAAGGAGAGGGAGAAGGAGAGGGAGAAGAAGAGGGAGAAGGAGAAGGAGAAGGAGAGGGAGAAGGAGAGGGAGAAGGAGAGGGAGAAGGAGAGGGAGAAGGAGAGGGAGAAGGAGAGGGAGAAGGAGAGGGAGAAGGAGAGGGAAAAGGUGAGAGAGAGGGCGACGGAGAGAGGAGGGCGAAGGAGGGGGAAGGGGCGAGGUUCAUGUGUGGUCUCAUGUCAUGUAGCAGCUGACCCCGGCCACAGAACUGCUGGCAGGGAUGCUUGCUCCGUUGAUGUUACAACAGUAUGCCAUUGCCAGCAGCAGCAGCACACCAGCAGCAUUUUUGCCCCAUAAGCUGCCGCCCCACACCACUCCAGAGAUGCAAUGAUUCACUUUAGCGUAAACACUCCAGAAUCAUAGCAAUCCAUCGCUUGAUACAACUAGCGGCUGUCCUAUGCAAGGCAAGGGCAGGAAGGCUGGCAACUCCACUGGCAGAAACUCGCUCUUGGCGACUUGCCAGCAUUCCAGCCCCUCCUGCUCUCUCCUGAAACUUCCACUCUGCUGUCACCCAUCUCUCUUGGCACUCCUCUUCAACCACCCCUUUCCAUUCCCAACCACCACUCCUGCUUUCCAUACCCUCCCGACCUACGAUCUUCCCUCCCAAUUUGAUAGCACAGUUGCAUGGCAAGCCAACAGCAUCACCAAGAUCUCACUACAACCUAUUGUCAACAUAUAUUUGUAUAUGUUAUAGGCUAGAUAGGUGCAUGCUCAUAGAAAGUACGACACUUAGGACAAAACCACCUUGUAUCACUCAUUCUAGUCAUUCGUUAACUCUUAGAUU